GCAGCAGCAGCAGCUCAGGUUGUGUGGCCAGCAGUACGGGCCUGUGUGGAGGUGUUCUCAGAGCUGGGCUUGUGCAGAUCUGUGAUCGUACACGUGUAACAUCCCAACAACGUGACUUAUAGCCUGUGACUUGUGCUUGUGAUAUCAAAGUUACAUCAUGGCUGAUUUUGAUCAGUUUUCUACUAAAGCGGCGGACCCCACCCCAAGCCAGGAUUCUGUGUCCUAUGGAUCGAACCGAGAUUCUUUGAAUUUGGAUGAUUUUGAGAAAGUAGAAGCAGAUCAGGUACCAUCAAAUGUCAGUGAGAGUUCCAAGGCUACAGCUAAUCUCCUGGAUGAUAUGUCUCUGUUCUCAGGCCCCGGGAAAGAUUUAUCCAGUUUGUCAACGAGCCAGACGUCAGAGAAGGAGACAAAGCCUGGAAAUUCUCUCUUCUCUGCAGACUUCUCUGCUCUUCCCGAUGACCCUUUUAAGAAGGAUAAUGCAAAAUUUGAUCCCUCAAACUCUGAGAUGAGCCCAGGUAGUAACUUUGACUCUGGAGUAGAUUCCAACACACCAGACACGUUGGAUUUAAUUGCCUCCGCCCCUGCACCGCCAUCCUCAGACAUCAGUAAUGAAACAUCCUCUAGUAAAUCUAAUCUCGACGACUUUCUUAGUUCUGGAGACAAGAACAGCCCUUUUAGUGAUUUCAUGACGCAAGAAUCCCAGAGUCAGAAGCCUACCAGCGAUCUUCUGUUUGAACGCGAUUUGAUUAGCGACACCCAGCAGGCUGCUCCCGCCUUCGAGGAUCUGUUGGGGUCCGUGCCCAUGACAGCUGCGCCACCUGCUGCAUUUGAUCCUGUUCCUGAGCCAGUCAUGAAGCCAGAACCAACACCACCACCAAGGGAACCCACUCCACCACGACGCGAACCCACUCCUCCACCCCGAGAACCUACUCCACCUCGUCAGCCCACGCCACCACCUCGUGAACCCACUCCACCACCACGCCAGCCAACUCCACCACCCCGUGAACCCACCCCACCACCCCGUGAGCCCACUCCACCACCACGCCAGCCCACCCCACCACCACGUCAGCCCACCCCACCACCCCGUGAGCCCACUCCACCACCACGUCAACCCACACCACCACCCCGUGAGCCUACACCACCACCUCGUCAACCUACACCACCACCCCGUGAGCCCACACCACCUCCUCGUCAACCCACACCACCACGUGAGCCCACACCACCACCCCGCGAGCCUACCCCACCACCACGUCAACCCACACCACCACGGGAAGCCACCCCGCCUCUCCUCGAGCCCGUAGUGCCAGUGCCGCCCAAAGUCAUCCCCGCCCCCAUCCAGGAAGCCCGUGUCACCUCAGGCAGGACGUACCAAGUGUCAGAGGCAACCAAAGCUUCCUUCGCUGUCUUCAAUCCACGGGCGUGGUUCAACCCUGCACAGCUGGAUCCGCGAGUGGUUGACUUGAUCUACUGGCGUGAUGUGAAGAAGACUGGAGUGGUGUUUGGUGGAGUGAUGGUGAUCCUGCUGUCCCUGGCCUAUCUCUCCCUCAUCUCCGUGGUCUCCUACACCUCCCUGGCCAUCCUAUCGGGAACCAUUACUUUCAGGGUGUACAAGAAUAUCAUGCAGGCUGUCCAGAAGUCCCAGGAUGGUCACCCCUUCAAGAACUUCCUAGAGAAAGACACCAACCUGCCAUCAGACAAAGUUCAUGAGGCCACAGAUGUAAUUGUGAAACAGAUCAACUCUACUGUUACUGAACUGAAGAGGCUUUUCCUGGUGGAGGACCUUGUUGACUCUGUGAAGUUUGGCUGCUUGCUGUGGUGCCUGACUUACUUGGGGUCCUGGUUCAAUGGCUUGACGCUGGUCAUCUUGGCUGUGGUUGCUCUCUUCACUCUCCCCAAGGUCUACGAACAGAACCAGGCCCAGAUUGACCAGUAUGUUGGCCUUGUCCGCACUCAAGUCAACGACGUUAUGUCCAAGGUGAAGGCUGCCCUUCCCAUUGGCAACAAGGAAAAGUCCCAGUAAGCGUGAGGCAUCAUUGUGUGAUAUCCUGCGUGCAUCUGUGUUGUAUGCUACAUCGACCGCCAGUGCAUUGUGGCGUCUGCACCAACUUCUGACAUCUAUGUGCUAUGACAGUGUGCAAAGAGUGACUGACCCCCUUGCUGGGGAAAUGACCCUGUGUUGUGGCCAAGUGUGCACCGCUCCCUCCCUUCACUGUGUAUCAAGCUGGGAAUGUACUGUACUGCUGCCAUUAAUGUUUUGAUAGUAUGUCAGACUUGUUAUCUAGCUGAUGUUUUAUUAUAUCUUAUAUCUUUUAACAAAUGUAUUAGUAUAAUUUUAGAAUAUUGGAACCCAGCAACCCAUCUGUGUGAGGCGUAGGGAGGAUCAAAACAGGUCCCAUAUAAACAAGGCGCUCCGGAAUAAUACCAAGUUGGGUGAGAUUCUGGCACUUCCAGCUGAUGAUAUUAGUGCUAGCAGCAAGAUGCUCAGUCAGUGCUCCUGUGCCUCAUCACCAUAAUCAGAUUCUCACUACUGCUUGCUUGUUUUGGUCUGAGGAUUGGGUCUAGCACUGAGAGCAUAUGUAAUAUGUGCAGCAUGUGAUGAUGAGAUGUGUGAGGUGGUGGUGGUGGUGGUGGCGGCUGCCCAGUAUAUCUUGAAAGAGGGCCAAUGAGACAUGAUCUACUCCACUGUAUAGUCACUGCAUUACUGUUCUCUGUAGGAUAAUUUCCCUCUGAUUUUUUUUUUGAAUAUUAGAACCAUGAGAAGUGUACCAAUGCAAUUGUGUUCUUAAGUUGACCUAUUUUCUAACAUGCUUCAUAAUGGCUGUUUUAUGGUUAAUGUAGAAAAUUGCCAAAUAGUGUGGAAGAUCUGAUUGCCAGUUGUCAUACCUUCUAAAAUCUGUCCUUUAUUAUUAUUAUUAUUAUUAUUAUUAUUAUUAUUAUAUCAUCAUUAUUUAUACUUCCUGGAACUUUUUGACUUUGUAGGAUUGGAUUCAAGUGUACUCACUGAUACACUUUUAUAAAUAUGCAAAUAGCAUUUUGAUUUUUUUUAUCUAAUCUGUAAAUCUAUGUAUGAUGAACCGUAUAUUUUGAUGGGUGUUCAAUUGUAGUGAAGAAGUGGGUUCUUAGAUAUCAAUGCAUUUUGCUUGCCUGCAUUGAUCAUGAAGCUUGUGUAUCAUAUUUCCUGAAUGUCAUCAUCAAUACUAUAUUGAAAAUUUAUACUUGUGAAAUUUCACUUCAUUAGUUAUAUGACCUGAUUUACUAAUAGAAGAUCCAGAUGCCCACCUUGAGUCAAUAUUGCGCUGUGCUGGCUUCACUGUUGAAAUGCAAAUAGUAAUUCUUUAUUUAUAUCUGGGUAAUGGGUAGAAAAAUAUAUAUAAAAGCAAAAAAAUGAGUCAAAACUGUUUUCUAAAUACCUUAAGUGUUCUUUCAUAUUGUAUACAUUACUGUCACAAACAACAGUAAAUCUGCUGUACUACCAAAUAAAACAUCAUUGAUUUA